CUCGUUUUGUCACGCUUCGCGUUUGCGCAAACCUUCUCGAACCUGAUCAAAUGUGAAUGUUUCGAGCACAAGGGAGACUGUGCGAAUUAAAAGGUUUGUUGUAUCUCAAAGAGAAAUGAAAAACUCUUCGCGACUACGAUACGUAAUCAAACACACGAUGUGAUCACUCGUAAUAACUAGUAACCAUUUCUUUAGUGCGAAACGCGUUGCCUGUACUGAUUGUAGUUGAAUCACACUUCGAUCGAAAUCUCGUUCUUUUUUUUGGUUACUCUUUUUCUUUUUGAAGAGAUUCACGAUGAAAUAUUUGGUGUGGUAAAAUAUAGAAAUUCGAGAGGAAGUAAAAUUUGUAGAGAAAGACAUUGAAAUAGAAGUAAUGGUAGUAGAAGAGGAAGAAAAAGAAGAAGAGAAGAAAAAAUGAAAAUGGGCGAAAGUGAGUCAUCGCGAAGGAGUCAAGUGUGGUAGAACCGCUUGCACAAGCACGAGUAAACCUUUGAUUACUGGAGGGAGAGCGAACUGAUUGACAACAAGGUGGUUUGAGCAAACGUAUAUACACGCGUUUUCAAAGCCAGGCGUACCAGCAUACACGAUACAACGUUUGAUCAGCUUGUGAACUCGUGUUGAGUAGCGGUCCCUCAGUUGGACGUCGAGCGUAGUCAUCCACGCUCCGUUUAUCCUACUUUUCUUCGCGUAUGUUGUUCGGUCGUAAGUUGCUUAUUAUUACGGUGCGACGCAAUCAUUGUUUCAAACCGCCACAUUUUAUUGGCAGAUUUGAAAGAUUUAUCGAAGGUGUUGUUUUAAUUCGUUCAAGAAGAGAUCAAGAAGUGAGCUCAAAAGGCAACAAUGUCGACGUCGGAUUUGAUCGGAUAUUCGCACGAUUUUCUCGCAGAAUUUAUUCAACUUUAUCGUAGUUUCCCCUGUUUGUGGCAGAUUAAGUAUAAAGGAUACAAGGACAGGUUGCUUCGAAAUCGUGCUUACGACGCCCUUGUGCAGAAAUUAAGAGAGGUUAAUCCGAUAGCGGAUAGAGAGACUGUGAUACGAAAAAUUAAUACCCUUCGAACUGCGUUCAGAAGGGAAUACAAGAAAGUACGGAGUUCGCAGAGGAUGGUACAGAAUCCUCGGCAACGGUACAAAUCUUCGUUAUGGUACUACGAUAUUUUAAAAUUUGUCGCGGAACAGAACGAGACAAAUACAUUGGACGAGGAAAGGGACGUUAAGAAUGCUUUGGUUAACCCAACGGAUCUCUCUCAAGAGGAGAUAAUGUCUGUGCAAACGGACGUAGACAAGAUCGAGCCACCGUCGCCCGUACCCUCACCGGGAGCUAGUUCUGUCCCAGCUUUUCAACCGAUCAUCUUGGAAACCGAAGGAUCGUACGCGAGGAGAAUAUCGAACGCCGCGCAAACCGAUUACAUGAGAAGAAAGUGUCAACAGGAAAAUUUUCAGGAUCGUCAACCACCGAAGGAAUCGAGCCACGAACUCUCGCCGAGACAUUUCACCAGCUACGAUGACCAUUUCGAGAUUUUCGGUCGUUACGUGGCCGGUAAAUUGAGAAAAUCAAUGCCCCGACAAAGUAUUAUCGCUGAGAAGAUAAUCGCGGAAGUUCUGUUAAGGGUCAAUCUCGGUACCUUGGAAGAAGCUACUUGUCUUACGGAAAAAGUACCUUCUCGUUGCUUCUUGGUAAUGGGCGAUCGUUAAAUCGUUGAUUCGAUCAUCACAUCUCUCUCGUUUCUUUCAAAAAAUUUUUUUCGAUGUAUCUACGUGCUUUUAUCCAUCUAUUUUUUUACGUAUGUGUUAAGCAUACGUACGUGAUAAACACAGCCAUUCUUAUUCAGAAGAACAACGGAUAACGAAACGACAAUCUGAAAAAAAUUUCCGCACAACAAUGGCGGAGAGGUCGUAUUGCGAGCAAAUAAAUUCUGGCAACCAGCCAAA